ACCACAAACACAGCAUCAGGGGGGUGAGGGUCUGCGGUCAGCCACCCUCCUCCUUGCUAACGCACCAUUCCCAUUCACAGAGAUCCUCCCAUGUUUUUCUAGAAUGGAUGGCUUUGCAAAUUGGAAAACAGCUGCCCUGGUAGAGAAUAUUAGGAACGGCAUCAGCAGCGAAGGCGGCAACAACAACACAUGAAGCCUUCCUGUAUGUCCUGCUUCCAUGAAGCCCUGCAGCUCCACCGACCGCCAGCAAUGUAGCAGCAGAAGUGAUAAGAAGCGCCUUAGAUGUCUGGUGAGUGCACAUCACCAGACUCCGAGACUCCAAUCCAAGACUCAUUCCUUUGUACAGUCACAGCCUCACACAGCGGUAUCCCGGCGCACCGCAACCUGCCAUCCAGCCGACCUGUAAACUAGAAAAUCGUACGACUUUUGAGAAGGCUCAAGCGUCUAAUGCAGACUUGUCCGUGCUAAGGAGGCUAAUGUGACAUUGCAGCCGCUUAAUCCUGCUCCAUCAUGUGACUCAGAAAGUGACUUAUUAUCCCGGAGCACAAGCCAGCAUCUGCAGACCUUCUGCAUCCUUCUCUAAGGCUGGAAGUAGACACUUCAGAGCUGAGGAGGUAGGGUACGGCAGUGCUUGCAUCAAACUAGAGAAUGAGACAGAAGAAGAACUCUGACAUAUCUUCAUGUGGUGCAACGACGAGGGGAGGCGUAGUGUCUCCUACAUGAGGUCUCCUGGAAGCACUGUCUGAAGACAAGAACUUUUAUUUUCAAAGGGGAUUAUAAGACUCGCUGCUACCAUUCAAGAGACUUUAAGACAUUUUGUUCCAAAUAUAUGUGCUUCCUCCCCCAAUUCUGAACACUUCUGAUACCAUCUGGCUGUGACCUCUGGUCUGUGACUGUUAUAUUCUACCAUUAUAUAAUAAGACGACUAACAAAAGGUGCCCAAAUGUUGACCAUGACGGCAAUGUAUAUGAAUGGAGGAGGUCCUGGCAACCAGCGGUACUCCCGCUGGAACCGCCAGGACAGCUUGGAAGAUUAUGUCCGGUCAGAGUGCUACGAACAAGAUGGAGAGGGGAAACCGCGCAAGCUAACACCCUUUGAGAAGCUCAACCAAGACAUGUCACGUGACGAGAAGACAGUCAAGGAGAUGGCUCUGGGUAAAAGAAUCGGUCUUUAUAGGUUGCGUGGGGAAAUUGGAAGUGGAAAUUUCUCACAAGUGAAACUUGGGAUUCAUGUACUUACCAAAGAAAAAGUGGCAAUAAAAAUAUUGGACAAGACCAAGCUGGACCAGAAAACACAGCGCCUGUUGUCACGAGAGAUUUCCAGUAUGGAGCAACUGCAUCACCCUAACAUCAUCAGACUUUAUGAGGUGGUGGAGACUCUGUCUAAGAUGCAUCUUGUGAUGGAGCACGCGGGUGGAGGGGAGCUUUUUGCCAAAAUUAACACAGACGGAAAAUUAUCUGAAUCGGAAAGCAAAGUGAUCUUUUCACAGAUAGUGUCUGCUGUGAAGCAUAUGCAUGAUAACCAAAUCAUACACAGAGACUUGAAAGCCGAAAAUGUCUUCUACACCAGCAACACAUGUGUGAAGGUCGGAGACUUUGGAUUUAGCACAAUAAGUAAAAAAGACGAGACUCUGAACACCUUUUGCGGCUCUCCUCCAUAUGCUGCCCCAGAACUUUUCCGAGAUGAACACUACAUCGGCAUUUUUGUUGAUAUCUGGGCAUUGGGCAUUCUCCUAUACUUUAUGGUGACAGGCAGUAUGCCAUUCCGGGCAGACACAGUGGCCAAAUUAAAGAAGUGCAUUCUUGAUGGAACGUAUACCAUUCCUCCGUACAUAUCCGAACCCUGCCAGAGGCUGAUCAAAGGGAUGCUUCAGCCUGCACCUUCGGAAAGAUGCAGUGUGGAUUACAUCAUGAACAGUGAAUGGAUGCAUGGUAUACAGUAUCCAAAACCAUUAGAACCUUUCAGUCUGGAUCCAAAACACCUGUUGGAUACAAGUACCCUUAAGGACGAUGAAACAGAAGUGAAGAACACUUUGGAAAAUUUGGGCAUUACGGAGGAUCAUAUUCUUAACAACCAGGGCAGAGACUCUCGCAGCUCAAUAACGGGGAUUUAUCGGAUUGUACUCCACAGAAUCCAGAAGAAAAGAACGGUGGAGAGCGUUCCAAUCAUAACCAAUCCAGAACCAAAAGAAAAGCCCACAAAGAGGCCUCACCGAACCCGCCGAGAAAUCAGGUACAUAUGGUACUGAAGAACUCAGAGGUCACCUUCAGGACCUGGAAACGAUUGGGGAGAUCCCCAAAUCUGCUUGAAUCCUGAUCCAAGAACCGAUACAUAUACAGACUCAGAAAGCAGAAGGGCAAGGAUGUUAAUGAUCCAGCUCAAUGCCAUUGCGUUUACACCAUUAACAUCUAUCAUGUGUCAGAAGAAGAUCUCAGAAGGCCCAUCCUGUGCAAGGAUUCAAUCAAACCGAUUCUGGCCAUAUCUUUCCCAUUAAUAUAUGCUAUUUGCAGUGGAGAAAGUUCUGUACACUGACAGAACCCCGAAAAAGCUGCGCUAGCCAUCAUAGGAAACGGUCUACUAUCUAGUGCAAGGAUGCAGUACCCACUAUAGAAAAAGGAUGGCAAAACACAUAUAAGGUCUCCUGGGUAGUUGGCAGCAUUGAUGCCACAUCCUUCAAACUGCUUGAGAAUCCUGUAAGCUCUUUGCAUCCUCAUAUGUGCAUUUAGCAGCAAUACUCCACAUGGCUCUAUACCGUAUCAUUCACUGGUUGUGCACUUUAACCUCAUUUUGAGCUUUUUUUUUUCUUUCUAACUGUAAAUUAUUGCACCAUGUUUGACUGAAUAUUUAAAUAUUGUAUUAUUUUGCAUUUUUUGUGUUAUUCUGUAGUGCAUGCUGAAGGACACCCAUUGUAAUUCAGUGCAGGUUGUAAUGAAUGCCUUGCAGCGUUAUUUUGGUCUCCGAUGUUAAAUGUGUUCUAUAAAUCACUAUUUUACUAUCAUUUGCACAUGA